GCGACCGUGGGACCCGCACGGCUCGGCUCGGUUUAGCUUGGCUUGGCUUGGCUUGGCUUAUCGCGGCUCGGCGCUUCUCCACCGCAGGUUCAACAGUGUGACCACUCUAUUGAUUCAUAUACUCACAGCAAAGCCUUCAUCUGUCUCAUGGAUUAUAGAUCCAGAUUGAUGGCUUCAGUAACAGAUCCCAGAUACAGGCAGAAAGAUACUUCAGACCAAAAUUUUGAUUACAUGUUCAAGCUCCUGAUCAUUGGCAACAGCAGCGUGGGUAAAACAUCCUUCCUCUUCAGAUACGCCGAUGACACUUUCACACCAGCCUUCGUUAGCACAGUAGGGAUUGACUUCAAAGUGAAAACAGUUUACAGAAAUGACAAGCGGGUGAAGCUGCAGAUUUGGGACACAGCUGGACAAGAAAGAUACAGGACCAUCACUACAGCCUACUACCGAGGAGCCAUGGGCUUUGUGCUCAUGUAUGACAUCACCAGUGAAGACUCCUUCAAUGCAGUGCAGGACUGGGCCACCCAAAUCAAGACUUACUCCUGGGACAAUGCACAAGUGAUCCUGGUUGGAAACAAAUGUGACAUGGAGGAUGACAGGAUUGUUCCUGUGGAGAAGGGGAAGCACCUGGCAGAUCAGCUCGGUUUUGACUAUUUUGAAGCCAGUGCCAAGGAAAACAUCAAUGUGAGGCAGGUGUUUGAGCGUCUCGUGGAUAUAAUCUGUGAAAAGAUGUCGGAGAGUGUAGAAUCAGACAAUUCCAGGGGCACUUCAGGAAGGAGCAUGAGACUCACGGACAACCCACCUCCUUCGCAGCAGAACUGCUCGUGCUAGUGAGCACUUCACUCUGAGGAAUGUCCUUCUCCCUUCCUGACGAAAUUUCACCUUUUCAUUUGUGCUGCUGCGUUAUCAUGUAGUCCAAAGGCAGAAGUCUCUGUUGUAGGAAACUGGUAUGUUUGUUUAAUGUGCUGGAGUGUUAAUAGUAUGUAUUUCCUCAUCCAAUAAUUUAAAAAUCUGCAAAAAAAAAAAAAAAAAUUGUAAGUGCACCUUGUGUGAAUGUGAGUUACACAGAAGAAAAAUAAUUGUGUGGUGUUCCAAAUGUUAUUUCCACAGAGAAUGUUGCAUUUUUAAUUAUAAAUUCCUCUACUGCAGAGUUUUUUGGUUAAGAACAGCAGGAAGCACAAAACCAGUUAAGAGCGUUGGGUCUAAAAGAAAACGGGGGAAAAUCUUUUCUAAAGCAAGAUUAUACUUUUUUUUUAACAUAAAGCCAAAAAAAAAAAAAAAAUCAAUCCCCAGGUAUUUUGAGAGUCAUCAUUUCUGUCCUAAAGACAUGGGCCUCAGUUUUCCUGUACAAUGGAGCAGAAAGCAGAGCACGUCUGUCUGACAGGUGCUGGGUGAAGGAGUGAGAGCCCUUCCAGGGGCUCCCCUUGCCUCCAGACUUCUCCCCCAUCACCACUAACAGCUUUCAGGGUGCUGGGGGUGUUGCUGUGUUUGGCACCUUCUCGUCCCUAAUCUUCUGAGCUGACUGUCCUGCAGCCUUUCCCCUGUAUCCUGUAAUUUUACCUCUCCAGGUCUGAUCUACUCUCAUCAACUCCCUGCUGGUGGGUUUGUUGCAGGAUGAAGGAAAGGAGGAACCGGCUGCUCCAUGCUUAGCUGGAGGCAAAAUCUGACUUCUAAGACUUGGAAUAGUGCUGUGUCAGAGAGAUAAAAAUACCAGGAGCCAAAAUAUGAGUCUUUAUAGGUAUUAGUGCCAAUAUUACGAGAUUUUCUCUCUGCAUUUGCUGUUAAUUUAUUUUUUUAAAUUUUGUGGUAGAUGGGUACGUGUGUGGGGAUAGUUAUUCUGGUUUCAGAUUCAAAUACCACAAAGUAUAACUUUUUAAAAAAAGGAAGGUUGAUUAAUAAAACAUAACUGUGAAUUAAAAAUGGCAAAGGCAUCCUUUUAAGAGUUAGUGUACAAACUUUUUGUUGCUUCAUUCUUUGAAGGGGGGAAAAAUUUUUAAAUUAAGUGGAUGUGGAGAGAAAUUUAAGGUGAAAAUCCUGGAAAGUUUUAUGGCUUUACCUUUGGCCUGUGAAUUUCUCUGACUGAGGGGACUUCCUGAUGUCAGGAACUGGAGUGGAGUACCUGUAAUGUGCUGGAUCAUGACACUAUUAAGUGCUUUUGUAAUUUCGUUCUGUUCUGUCUCAAAGUGUAAUAGCUCUAAUUAAAAAAAGCACAAAAUUCUGGACAAAAAUGCAACUGCUGUGGGGUAGUUUGAGCUCAUUGUGCUACAGGUUUCAUCCCUCUGUUUGUGUGUGGCUUUUGGAAAUCUUUCCCGUGGCGUGUUUUGGGUGCGUGUGAUUUAGUCCUGAACGUGUGAUUUGUGCAGUGCUGGGAUUGUGGCUGUUGUAUCUAAACCCCUGAAACUGCAAAAUAAAGAGAAAUG